UCUCAUCCUGCACUGGGUACGCCGCAACCUGCUCUUCCUCGAGUUCGCGCUCGAGGCGCGCUUCGGAAGCGGCGCGGAGAACGGGUGGGUCGCCGUGGGAUGGUCGCACGACGGUCGCAUGGUCCCGAGCAUGGCGAUCGUGGGAUCUCCGGCCGGCAUUGCCGCCCAAGCUCCGGGCGGCAAGAGAAUGGGUUCGGGCGGCAAAGUGGGUGUUCUGGGCGGCGCGGCUGGCGUGGCGUCGUAUGCUAUUAGCGGGUAUAAGCUGGAAGAUGUGCGGCGAUUGGUGGAAACUACAGGGAACGGGGGAGGAGAGGAGGUGGGGAGCGCUGGUGUGGGGGAUGAGUCAGCUGGUGUGGGGGAUGAGUCAGCUGGUGUGGCGGAUGAGUCAGCUGGUGUGGGGGAUGAGUCAGCUGGUGUGGGGGAUGAGUCAGCUGGUGUGGGGGAUGAGUCAGCUGGCGUGGGGGAUGAUUCAGCUGGUGUGGUGGAUGAGUCAGCUGGGGCCUUCUCCCGGAGCCUCGCCUCGAACCCGCCCAUCCUCAAUACAAGCACAACCGCUAUAAGCACACCAGGGGGAGGAACCCCCUCUAACGAGCCGACGUACAGCAUGAGCCACCAUGUGCUCUGGGCCCACUCGGAUCGACGAGAGGAUGUGCUUCGAUACCAUGGCAACAACAGAGGCUCCAUCAUGUGCAUCCCUCUCCUGCAUCCCUCUCCUGCAUCCCUCUCCUGCAUCCCUCUCCUCCCUCCCUCUCCUGCCUCCCUCUCCUCCCUCCCUCUCCUGCCUCCCUCUCCUCCUCCCUCUCCUCCCUCCCUCUCCUCCCUCCCUCUCCUCCCUCCCUCUCCUCCCUCCCUCUCCUCCCUCCCUCUCCUCCCUCCCUCUCCUGCAUCCCUCUCCUGCAUCCCUCUCCUGCAUCCCUCUCAUCAAUCCACCACCCCACCCACCCUGCAUCCCUCCCACCACCCCACCCACCCUGCAUCCCUCCCACCCAUGUAUCUCCAGAAGCUCCGCCUUCGACUCAAAAGCCAACUCUUCUGCCUUGCCUCUCGAACCCCUCCCCUUCGCACCCAUUUUGCCCCUCUUUCUCCACCAACCUUCCUCUCCCCCUCUCAGGGGACCCGCCUUUGUGGCUUACACGGGCUCCGCCUGUGUGGAAUACAUGAGCGACCUGCCCUGCAACUCUCCCUCCCUCUCUUCUGCCUCUCGAACCCCUCCCUCCCCUUCGCACCCGUUUUGCCCCUCUUUAAGUUGACUUCUGAGUCGACUCAAAAGCCAACUCUUCUGCCUCUCGAACCACUCCCCUUCCCACCCGUUUUACCCCUCUUUCUCCCCCCCCCUUCCUCCCCCCUCCUCAGGGGACCCUACUUUGUGGACUACAUGUGCGGCCUGCUCGCCUCGCCUUCCACCUAUUCCCCUUCACCGCCUCCUUUUUCUGCGCCCACCUCCCUGUUUUCCCCCUUCCCUUCCCCCCCCAGGGGCUCGCCUUUGUGGAUUACAUGUGCGGCCUGCUCGCCUCGCCUUCCACCUAUUCCCCUUCACCGCCUCCUUUUUCUGCGCCCACCUCCCUGUUUUCCCCCUUCCCUUCCCCCCCCAGAGGCUCGCCUUUGUGGAUUACAUGUGCGGCCUGCUCGCCUCGCCUUCCACCUAUUCCCCUUCACCGCCUCCUUUUUCUGCGCCCACCUCCCUGUUUUCCCCCUUCCCUUCCCCCCCCAGAGGCUCGCCUUUGUGGAUUACAUGGGCUCCGCCUUUGUGGAUUACAUGUGCGACCUGCUCGCCUCGCCUGCCCGCCAAUCCUGCCAGCCGUCAACUUUGCCCGGCUACACCUGCAUGCUACAGCUACAGGGCGACAGACGAUUUUUGAGGCGCCUCAAAACUCCUCCGCACACCCCCUAUUUCACCUCUCUUGUUCACUCCGCCCAUCCCCCCAACCCGCCCACAGCCCACUUCACUCUCCACUGGCAUCUCACCCCCUCCUCCCUACUCCUCGCUGCUGACGUGGCAACCACCGGUUGGAUCGCUCUCGGCUGGUCCAAGGACGGCAAGAUGGCCAGCAGCGAGGCAGCCAUUGGGAACCUGCCACGUGGCACCAUCAAGACAGGAGGCGGUGCUGACGUGGCAGGAAAGGAGGAACAAGCUGUGGGGUCGUUCCUGAUUGGUGGAUACGAGAGGAGCGCCAUCCGUCCGGCGCUGAAGUUCACUGUGACAAAUUCGAGUGUGACAACAACGAGCAGAGGAAGGACUGUGAUGAAGUUUGAGCGGCCACUAGUGAACGGACAGUUGCCGCUUUCCGCUGCUGACGUGGCAACCAUCAUCUGGGCGUACUCCAACGAAGGUUCCAGGAAGCUCACCUUCCACGGAAACAACAGGGGUGCAGUGUCUAUCAACCUGGUCACAGGAGAAUCGAUCACUGCCUCUCCACCCCCCUCCUCCCCCUCCGCCUCCGCCCCUCCGCACUUGAACAAGCCAGCCAUCAUAGCCCAUGCCAUCUGUCUCAUCACUGCUCUCCUCAUCCUCAUGCCCUCCGCCAUCCUCCUUGCCCGGAUCUGCCUCGUGAACCUUCCUGGAAACGACGAAAACUGUCGUACGAGCACCAGCAGCAGCAGCAGUAGUGGCCUCGGUACAGUCCCGUUGGGUAGAGUCACGCACACUGGCCCGCUUCGGCUUGCUGAAGCCAACGCCCAGCUAGAUGCCAGCAUGGCUAGUUUUGCCCAUGCUGAGUCAGCUGCUGACGUGGCUGGUGCACAGGGUGCCACGUCAGCACGUGCAGCCCAGCAGCGGCGGCAGGAGGGGAGGGAUAUGAUUUCACAGCUGCAGCAGAGCCGAGCGUUCUGGUUUGCAUGGCACAAGUAUCUGCAAGUGGCUGCUCUUGUCUGUAUCUUCAUCGGGUGCAUCACAGCGUUUGUCUCAUCUGGGACUCACGGCUUGAGUCACACCCACGCGUGGGUCGGCAUUGCUGUCCUCAUCCUCCUCCUCGUCUGCCAACCACUCGUCAUUUUCCUCCGCCCGCGCAACAACAGGAAUGGAGGAAUUGACCAACCGCAGUUUGCCAUGUGGACAAAGACCACGUGGCACUGGAUGCAUUGGACGGUUGGGAUUGCGGCGGUGGUGAUGGGAUGGGCGAAUAUAUUCCUCGGGAUGAACCUAUACUUCAGCUUCAUCGGAAGUGAUCCAUUUGGCCUCAAAGCAUUUUUAGGCAUCAUAAUGGCAGUGUUUGUCAUUGUGUACAUGCUCUUCUUGUUUUGUUUCCCCUCGUCUGCUGGAGCCCCAGAUAGGAGCCAUAUCUUUACCCUCCUCCUCCACUGGACCGUCCACCCUGCCACGUCAUCAAUCCACGUGGCACUGGAGGCCAAGCCGGAGAGCGGCGCGGAGGCAGGCUGGCUUGCGAUUGGCUGGUCGUGGGACGGGCGAAUGGCAGGCAGCGAUGCCAUACUCGCCAACGCGGCAGGGGGAGGGCUGAAGGCUACAGGACCGCUUAUGGCUGUGCAUAUAGCGGGGUACUCUGUAGAGGGGAUGCAGCGGAUGGAGCACGGGCUUUCAUACAGCAAGACAAACUGGAGUGUGACUGUGAAUCCGAGGGGGUCGACUAUUGUCAGGUUCACGAGAACAGCAGGCGUUGUAGCGGCGGUGCCUCUGGCACAAGGUUCACGAGGGCAGUUUCAGAGGGCGGCAGGCGACAUAGCAGCGGUGCCUCUGGCUCUCGAUGCCUCCAACGUCAUUCUCUGGGCGCACUCGCCUGACAACUCGCCCACGCCGCUCUACCAUGGACCAAAUCGGUAUGGCAGUUGGCGCAUUGCUUCUGGACUACUCCUGCACCGCCCCCCCUACCCGCCCUGCGGUGUUCUCAUUCCUAUCCCUGCUACCGCCCCAUCCCCGUUCCCCCUUCUUCCUCCUCCCCUCGCAGUGGCGCAUUGCUUCUGGACUACUCCUGCACCUCCCCCACCAGCCGCCCCCCUGUGGCACCCCCAACACUGCGUGGCGUUGCCUGUGACCCCUCCCCCCUGCCGGGAUACACGUGCUCGAAGCAGCUACGAGGCAGCGACACAGCGCGGCAUUGCCUGUGACCCCUCUCCCCUGCCGGGACACACCUGCUCGCGCCAACUCCGAGGCAGCAAUUUCAGCCUCCACUGGCGAGUCAUCAAGGCCGCAAUCGCCCUAGCAGCCAAUUCAAACCACUCCACCUCUUCUCUCCCCACCCCUUUGCAACCCCCCCAUCCCCCCUUCGCCCCUCCCAGUUUCAUCUUGCACUGGAGGGUCAACAAGGCCUCAGUCUCUCUCGCAGCCGAUGCAGCCACGACAGGCUGGGUGGGGCUCGACUGGUCCCGCAUGGGCCGCAUGGCCGGCAGCGAUGCCGCCAUUGGCAACCGCUUCAUCCUGCACUGGCGGGUCAACAAGGCCUCAGUCUCUCUCGCAGCCGAUGCAGCCACAACAGGCUGGGUGGCCCUCGGCUGGUCCCGCAUGGGCCGCAUGGCCGGCAGCGAUGCCGCAAUAGGCAACCUGCCAUACGGGGCAACGGGCAUGGGCAUGCCGGCAGUGGGGGCGUUCUCUAUCGGGGGGCAACCUGCCGUACGGGGCAACGGGCAUGGGGAUGCCGCCGGCAGUGGGGGCGUUCUCAUUUGGUUCGAGCGUGUGUUUGGAGCGGGCAUGAACCCGAUGCACGAGAAUGGGCUGGCCAACAUCAUAUGGGCGUACGCGGGGGAUGGGUCGCAGAACCUCGAAUUCCACAUGCAGAACAGGGGCGCCACCGUAAUCGACAUCAUAACAGGCGACUCCAAACACUCCUCAACCUCCUCCCCACCUGCUUCCCCCUCCUCCCCCUCCACCUCUCCUCCGUUAUCCACCUCCCCUUCCUCACCCUCUUCCUCCUCUUUCCCUCCUUCCUCCUCGUCACCCUCCACCUCUCUUUCAUCUUCCCCUCUCUCCUCCUCCUCCUCCUCCUCCUCCUCCUCCUCCUCCUCCUCCUCCUCCUCCUCCUCCUCCUCCUCCUCCUCCUCCUCCUCCUCCUCCUCCUCCUCCUCCUCCUCCUCCUUCUCCUCCUCCUCCUCCUACUCUUCCUCCACCUCCUCCGCGCUGAUAGCCCACGCGGUCUUCCUCUCUCUCGCUUUCUUCCUUCUCAUGCCCUCCGCAAUCCUCGUUGCCCGCCUCUUCCUCUCAGGCCCCUCUUCGCUCCCCUUCCUCCACUCCUCCUCCCACCACUCCUCCUCCCACUACUCAUCUCACUCCCACGAUCCUGAUGCUGGAACCAGCGGGUCAGACCCAUCUCUACCCGUCGGAUCGGACGGCCUGAGCCAAUCGCACGGUCAGAUGGGCCUCGUGGUGCUGCUGCUGGUGCUGGUGCAGCCAGUGUUAGGGUUUCUGCGGCCGGACAAGGGAGCUAGUAACCGCCUGUCAUGGCGGUUUGCGCAUGGGCUGCUAGGUCUGGCAGUGCUGGGCAUGGGGUGGACGAAUGCCUUCUCAGGGCUAAAGCUCUACGGCAUCAUCUUCUUCUCGUCUGUCACGGUUUGGAACAUCUUAUUUGGAAUCACUGUAGCAGUCCUUGCUACAACGUACCUCGGUAUUGUCAUAAUGCAGUCCACACGGGGCCACUCGUCUCGAGCGCUCAGCUACCAAAUAGAGCUUUAG